UUGCAUAACAUUUCAGUUGUGACCCUAAAUGUAUGUCUUUGCAGAAUUUUGCAUGAUUCGCACAACGGCAUAUUCACACCACACGUAAAACGGCAACACGCUAAUCGCACUCACACGUAAACUGGAACAUUUCACAGAGAUGCCUACCUCACCGGUAAAGACGCGAAUUCCUCUUACGAGCUUUGGUCACCUCAUAACUGAAGUGAAGAGACAGCUGUUGGGGAUUGAAGCUCCCGCUACGGUUGAACUAACAGGAUGGAGGAAACAUUUUAACACGUAUACGCUACAGGGACGCAGGAAUUGUGUGUUGGUGACUUAUGGUGCUCUUGUUCUGACGGCUGCUGCAUACAUGAUGAUCCGAAGGAACAAGGAAGAAAAAACUGGAGCUAAACCGGCUUCUCCUUAAAUAAGAAACAAGAGACCCGACCUUGUAUUUAUUGCUCACCUAAGAUGAUGUUUUAAAGCUCUAAAAAUCAGUGCUCUCAUUGAACCAAUGAAAGUGACUUGUCUAUA